AUGUCUGAUUGUCAACUCCCUUAUGAUGAUAUAGAAUUUCAAAGAAGCAAAGAUACUUCGACUAAGGAAAAGAUGGCCAAUAUUGAUGAUGUUAUUGUAGUUAAUGAUGAAGAAGAGAAUGCACAUGUAAAUGAAACAACUAAUAGAGUUGAACAACAAAACAAUGAUGAAGAAGAUGCCCCAUACAAUAAAAGGAAAAGAAGGAAGACAUCAAAUGCUUGGGUACAUUUUCGUACAAUAAGUAAUGCAAGUGGAAGCGAAGUCCCGCAAUGUAUACAUUGUGGAGAGAAAUUAAAGAAGCUCAAAGAUGGAACCACCACACCAUUACUUAGGCAUAUUAACACUAGUUGCCCGAAACUGAAAGCCGUCAAUAAAGGUCAGUUAAAGUUAAAUGUUGGCUUUGGAAAUUCAACAGAAUCUUCAUCAUUGAUUCAAAAUUGGAAGUUUAGCAAUGCUAGGAUGAGAGAGGUUAUUUCUCAUAUGAUUAUGGUUCAUAAAUUGCCAUUUAAUUUUGUUGAGUAUGAAUUGUUUAAUGUGCUGAUGAAAGAAGCUAAUCCGGCUUUUAACAAGAUAUCGCGUGCAUCAAUUCGACAAGAUUGUAUUUCUAGUUACGAAAUUGGAAAGAAAAGAACCCAGAAGCUGUUAAACAUCGUAAAUCGUGUGAGCAUUACAACUGAUAUGUGGACAUCAGUUCAAAAUAUCCAUUACAUGGUAGUGACAUGCCACUUUGUAGACUCGGAGUUUAAUCUUCACAAAUCCAUAUUAAGUUUUGUUGAUGUUCCGCCACCGUAUUCUGGAGUACGUAUCUAUGAUUGUUUGUUCAAGUGUUUAAAAGAUUGGAAUAUUGAGACGAAAGUGGCCACUUUGACUGUUGACAAUGCUAGAACUAAUGACGUGGUGGCUCGGAAGUUAAUGGAAAAUUUAAAUCUUCAAAAGAAACUUGCUAUCGAUGGACGUUUGUUUCAUGUGCGAUGUUGUGCGCAUAUUCUUAACUUGUUGGUUCAAGAUGGUUUAUCAGAAAUUCAAGCUAUAAUUCACAACGUUCGUGAAAGUGUGAAACAUGUGGGUGCCUCUCCAGGUCGAUUACAUAUCUUUAGUGAGCUCGCCAAACAGUUACAAAUGUCGAAAAAACAACUUGUAUUAGAUGUGAGUACUCGAUGGAAUGCCACAUACGCUAUGUUGUCUACAGCCUUGGAGUUUAAAGAAGUUUUUGAAAAUUAUGCCGACCGAGAAAGUACAUACAAUACAUUACCGAGCAAUGAUGAUUGGAAAAAGGUUGAAGAUGUUUGCUCAUUUUUAUCACUUUUCAACGAGGCUACAAAAAUUAUUUCAGGCUCGGAAUAUCCAACUUCUAAUUUAUUUUUGAGUGAGUUAUACGUUAUAAAAGAAGCACUGGAUAAUGUUGCUUUGGACAAGAAGGAUUGCAUGAAUUCUAUGGUUUGUAAGAUGAAAGAAAAAUUUGACAAGUAUUGGGGCUCAUCUAAUCUUUUGAUCUCCAUUGGCUCUGUUAUGGAUCCUAGAUACAAGAUGAAAUUAAUCGAGUUUUCUUUUAACACAAUUUAUUCUGAGAAUAAAGCUGGUGCAGAAAUUGAAAUUGUUCGCAAAACUUUAGAUGAAAUGUUCGCAGAGUAUGUGGAGACACAUAGAGAGGCCAAUGUUGUUUCAUCUGGUGGUGCAUUUGCUCAUGUUCAGACUGAAAAUGGGAGCGGAUCUAGUUAUUCAAACGUUUCCUCUAGCUUUAUGAGUUCUCGAUUUGGUAAGGGUUUGAAAACAGGCAUUUCUAAGUAUAAUCAACAUAUUAGAAGUGUUGAUACUGUUGAAAGUGUGAAAUCAGAGCUAGCCAUAUAUUUAGACGAGGGAGUGUACAUUUGUGAGCAAGGUGUAAGUUUUGAUGCAUUGGGGUGGUGGAAGGCGAAUAAACUUAAGUUUAGAAUUUUGUCUAAAAUGGCUGCUGAUUUCUUAUCUAUUCCGAUAACGACAGUUGCAUCCGAAUCUGCUUUUAGUGCUGGUGGGAGAGUUAUUGACCCACACCGUUCCCGUUUAGGAACUAAGAUGGUAGAUAUGCUUGUUUGUGGAGCUGAUUGGUAUCGUCAUUACUAUGGAGUAAACAAAAAGAAUAACAAAGAAAAUGAUGAUGCCGUAUACAUUGAGUUAGAAUAA